CGGUGGACAGCAGAGAGCAGCAGAUGUGGAUGUCUCAGCUGCAGGCCUGCUCCAGACGCCUCUCCGACUGCAGCGCUAAGGUGAAGAAACUGAAGGACUCUGAUGAACACCUGUGUGUGGACCGGAGCACCAGUAACCUGGACACACAGGGUCGUGUGUGUAGUUUUUCUCUCCUCCCCUCCUCCUCCUCCUCUUCCUCUCCUGGAGUUCAGAGACAUCAUCCUGCAGCUCCCAGUAACAUCAUCACCAUCACUCACACACACCACAAAUCACCUGCAGCUGCGCGACGGAGCCGGACCCCCUACCCACACACACUGCUGGAGGUCAAAGAGGUGAUGUCCCAGGCCGAGGCCAGGCAGAAGACGCUGGUCCAGUCUAUAGAGGGUUUACCCCGUAGAGGUUCAGUAUCGUGUCUGGAUCAGGACCUUCUGCUGCUCAAAGCCACUUCAGCUGCCACCCUCAGCUGCCUGGGGGAGUGCCUGAGCAUUCUGCAGCACAGCCACACCCACAGCCAUGCCCACAACCAAGCCCCGGCCUCCGAUGGUGCUCACGUGUGGACAGUUCCAAAGUCCCCGUCGGCGGAGUGCGUGAGGAACGGAGGUGUGGCAGCUAUGCACUCGACAGAGCACUCGACAGAACCCUCGCCAUCGCUCAGGAAGAAAGGCCCCGCCCACAAUGCCGAGGUACUGCAGGCGCUCCUGUCUCACUGCUGCUGGGCGCUGUUUUGCUGCGCUCACAUGUUGACGUUGAAAAACCUCAUAUUGGUGCGAUCGACAGCUGCAUGCAGACGUGUGAAUGUUGCCAUGGUGACAGCUAGUGCCGUAACUAGGAUCCAAAUUUGUACAAGGUCAAUUUUAUAGGAAAGUGACCAACAUCAAACCGUGAAUAAACUUCUGGAUGUGUGAAUUA